GCUCCUCCAAGCCACCUGCCCUCGUUCCCAAGUCCCCUAAACUCAGCAAGCAGCAUCAGGCGCCCGUAAUCUCCUCCUCCGCCGCCCACCACAACCGCAGCUCCAGACGCCACAUCACUGUAGCGAAAGACAAAACGACGGUGACUGUGAAAAGUAUCACAAAGUCUACCACCCCAAAAAAGGCGACCAGCAGCGGCACCAAGCAGGCCCAGCCACACGCACCCUCACCCGAGCCCAGAGGCGGCGGCCGACCCGAGCAGCACGCCACGAGCAGUCCCGUCCUCGCCAAAGGCAAGAAGGGGAAAUUAGCCUCGAUCUCACUCAGCCCCAUUAGCUACGGCGGAUCUCCUAUACGGGUUCCCACCGGCUCGUCCCAUGGCGGCAGGGUCAGCCAGACGGACAGCAGCUCCGACCUGUCGGACUGUCAGUCGGAGCCGCUCUCGGACGAGCAGCAGAAAGUUGUGGCCGCGGCCGCAAGCAGCGACGCGGAAUCCGGGACGGGCUCCAGCGAUCGGGAUCAGGUGGUAGGGGCUGAUAAUCCGCUGCAGGCAGGGUCGUCCUCAGAGACCGCUGCCGGGGAUGUUGAGGCAGUCGCUGAUGCUGCUGCUGCUGUUCAUUCGCAAGCAGUCGAGGCUGCCUCUGCAGCCGAGGGAGGCAUGGCUCAGGCGCAGUCUGGUUCAGGUGCACACGGAGAGCGAUGCGAGCAGGAGAAAACAAGCGCACAAUUCAAACUGCAACACCAUGGCGCGAAGCGUUUCAUCGAGGACGAUUUACUACGAGAAAUUGAAGACCUGCGUUCCGAGAACGACUACCUCAAGGAUGAGAUGGAGGAGCUGCGGGCGGAGAUGGAGGAGGUGCGCGACAGCUACCUGGAGGAGGAGGUGUACCAGGGCCAGGAGCUGCGGCGGGAGCUGGACCGCUCCAACAAGAACUGCCGCAUCCUGCAGUACCGCCUGCGCAAGGCGGAGCAGAAGGGUCUGCGGGCGGCGCAGACCGGCCACGUGGACGGAGAGCUGCUGCGCAACCUGGAGCAGGACCUGAAGGUGGCCAAGGACGUGUCGGUGCGGCUCCACAACGAGCUGGAGAGUGUGGAGGACAAGAGGAGCCGGGCGGAGGACGAGAACGAGACGCUGCGGCAGAAGAUCAUUGAGGUGGAGAUCUCCAAGCAGGCGGUGCACAACGAGCUGGACAGGGCCAAAGAGACGGCAUUACGACGGAGAGGGAGCAGGGAAUCAUUCAAAGACAAGAAAUCUAUGAGUCAGGAGGACAGCGCAGACCUCCGCUGCCAGCUGCAGUUCGCCAAGGAGGAGUCGACGCUCAUGAGGAAGAAGAUGGCCAAGCUGGGCCGGGAGAAGGACGAGCUGGAGCAGGAGCUGCAGAAGUACAAGUCGGUGUACGGCGACGUGGACAGCCCCCUGCCGCUGGCCGAGUGCUCGGGCGGCGGCCCCCACAGCACCCGCGAGGCGGAGCUGCGGCUGCGCCUCAAGCUGGUGGAGGAGGAGGCCAACAUCCUGGGCCGGAAGAUCGUGGAGCUGGAGGUGGAGAACCGCAGCCUGCGGGCGGAGAACGAGGACAUCCGCUGCCAGUACGAGCGCGACUGCUUCGGCCGCGAGCCCUUCUCCAGCAUGCCGUCGUCGCCCUACGGCGGCGACGCCCUGGAGUCGGCCAACGAGCUGCGGCGCCACCUGCAGUUCGUGGAGGAGGAGGCGGAGCUUCUGCGGCGCUCCAUCUCCGAGAUCGAGGACCACAACAAGCAACUGACCUCGGAGCUCAACCGCUUCAAGUUCGGGCCCUCCACCUCCGGCGGCGGUGCCACGGCGAUCGGGGAGGACGUCGGCGGUGGAAGCGGCGAGGGGGGGUCGUACCGCCCCGGCAACGGGAACGGCGGCGGCGGCAGCGGCCUGGUGAUGAUGGAGGAGCUGAAGGCGGCGCGCAUGCAGAUCAACGAGCUGAGCGGCAAGGUGAUGAAGCUGCAGUACGAGAACCGCGUGCUGAUGUCCAACGUGCAGCGCUGCGACCUGGCCGCCCACCUGGGCACGCGCACGGGCAGCCCCCGCGACAGCGACGCGGAGAGCGACGCGGGGCGGCGGGAGGCCGCCGAGGAAGAGGAGGCGGGGCGGCUCCUCCUCCUGCAGCCCAAGAGGGAGGGGCCCGUCGGCGGCGAGAGCGACUCGGAGGACCUCUUCGAGAGGACGGGGACCACCUCCGGGUUCGGCAGCCUCAAGCCGUCGGAGGGCAGCGAGCUCAGCGCGGCGGCGUUGGCGGCGCGGCGGCGGGAGGACCGCGAGGCGCUGUCCAACGUGAAGCGGGAGGCGGACCGGCUGGGGAAGACGGUGGACCGGCUGAUCGCCGACACGGACAGCCUGGUGUUCGACGGGAGGCCGCCGGCAACGGCCGGAGACUCCCCGGACGGGAGCGCGCCGUCGGGGGCGCCCCGGUCCCCCAAGCCGGACCCCCAGGUGCUGGACACCAUCAACACGCGCAUGAAGGCCUUCCGCACGGAGCUGCACAUCUUCAUGGAGAAGGUGGACCACCUGGGGGAGGGCAUGAGGGACCGGACCGACGACCUGUCGCCCAUGCCCCACCUCACCGAGUCCAGCAGCUUCCUGUCCACGGUCACCUCCAUGUCCCGCGACUCGCCCAUCGGCACCUUGGGGCGGGACCUGGCCUCGGACUUCCAGUCCGGUCAGAGGGAUGAGCUGGAGUGGCGACUAGGACAGGAGCGAGGCGCGGAGCCCCCCAGCCUGAGCCUGAGCCAGGGCGGGGGCCCCCCAGGCGGCCGGGGCGCCCUGUCCCAGGGCAGGGCGCUGGCGGCGGGACUCACUAGGUACCACCACAGGCCCCUGGGUCUGAACGUGGAGCUGCGGGACCCGGCGGGCUCGGAGAUCCAGUUCCGUGUGGAACACGAGCGAAGACACCGAGGGGCGGACCGGGAGGCCGGGGGGGCCCUGCCCCAGGGCCCCCUGGAGGAGGAGGAGGAGGAGGAGGAGCAGCGGGCGUGCCUGGAGGCCCGGCGCGGAGGCCUGCAGCUCCAGGGCCUGCAGGGCCCCGAGGGGCCCUGGGCCCAGGAGAGGGGCCUGCUGCAGCAGGAGCUGCGUCUCUUCAGGCACAACACGGUCAUCUUCUACAUGAAGCUGCGCUGGAUCCUCCUUCACUGGCGGCUGGACCGCAGGUCGGACCCCCGCGACGAGGCCCCGCACCCGGCAGAGUUUGAGAAGAUGGAGGGCAUCCCGGAGCUGGGGGGGCUCUCUGAGCAGGCAGAGGAGGGGACGGCCACCUGGGACCGACAGAGCACGCCUCGGACCCCAGGGGGCGACGUCCCCGACCAGGGGCCCGCCUUCCCCGACCCACAACAGCAUCAGCGACAGUUCGGGGAGAACCGGCGCAUGCUGCAGGCGCUGCGGACGCUGCUGGAGGAGUUCCGGGUGGAGGUGCGGGACGAGGAGGCGCGGCGGCGGCAGCUGCAGCAGUGCUACGCCAACGACAAGGCGGCCUGGGAGGUCAAGUGGGCCCAGAUGAAGUGUCAGGCUACCGCCCAGCUGGAGGACGCGCGGAGCGAAGGCGAGGGCAGCGGCGGCGGCGGCGGCGGGGGGGCGGGGGUCUCCCCGGAGGAGCGCGCCUCCCCCCGGCAGCAGGAGCGCGAGGAGCACCAGAGGCUGCUGGCGGAGAGCCACAACGCCUCGCUGGACCUGCGCUGGAAGCUGCAGCACGGGGAGCGCCGCUGGGGCCGGGAGCGCGCAGAGCUGCUGGAGCGCCAGGACCGGGAGCGCCAGGAGUGGGACAGCAGCGCCCGCGAGCUGCACCGCAAGAUGGAGCGGAUGCAGCGGGAGCUGACCUCCCGCCGGGCCGAGGGGGCGGACUUCAAGGAGGGGGGUCUGUCCGCCCCGCGUUCCCCUCGCUCCCCCCGCUCCCCUCGUUCGCCCUCGGCGGCGGCGGCGGCGCGCUCCCGCUCCGAGUCGGACGCCGCCGUGCCGGAGGACGUUCCGGGCGCCCGGGCCCGGCUCAAGGCCCAGACGGAGAGCCUGUUCCUGGACGCCCUGUCCCUGGACCCCAUGGGCGGCCUGGGGGCCCCGGCACCGUGCCGCCUGGACAGCGAGAAGAGGUUCCCCUGCAUGAAGGAGGCGCUGAAUGAGAUAUCCGAGCGAGAGAGCGGUCCCGAGUACCCUGAGGAGGAGAUGAGCGGUGGGAAUCUGUUCAGGUGCGCGUUCGCGUGCGCUCGUCUAAUCCGCAGAGCCAAGUCGGUGUGCUCCAUGAGCGACUUCCAGCGGCUGAUGGACAGCUCGCCGUUCCUCCCGGACAAGAGUCGCCACGGCGACCAGGAGCGGGACGACGCCACGCCCCCCCUGUCGCCCGACGACCUCAAGUACAUCGAGGAGUUCAACAGCAAGGGCUGGGACUUCCCCUCGGCCGGGGGGGCCGGCCCCGCGCCCCUGGAGGCCCUGGAGGCCUGGCCGUCGGAGCGGCCCCUGGAGGCCCACCCGGACCCCUUCACGCCGCCCGCCUGGUACCUCACCACCAGCGCCACCCUCACCACCAGCACCCUGAGCAGCCCCGAGCACUGCCACGCCAUGCCAGCCGGCGAGGUCGGCGCCGACCACUACGCGGUCCACAUCCUCCACAGCCCCCCCCGGCCCCUGGUGGUGUCCGAGUGCGCGGCCGCCGCGGGCUCCGCCGACGCCGACUUCCUGUACCCCCGAGGGAGCAAAUCCAGAGGCGCUGGGGCGGAGGGCGUGUCCGGGACGGCGGCGACGGCGGACGAGGUGUUUGGCGGCGGCGGUGGCGUCCGCUGGUCCGGCCAGCCGCCCCUCUGCCCCACGGUGGGCUACGCCUCCUCGCUGGACCUGCAGCUCUCCCGGAACCUGAGCGACGACAUGAAGGAGGUGGCGUUCUCCGUGCGGAACGCCGUCCGCUCGCCGCCGGGCCCGGCGCUGCGGGACACGGCGUGCCAGACCAACGGCUUCACCACGCGCGGCACGCAGACCACGCAGACCAUCAGCGUGGGCCUGCAGACGGACGCGCUGCGCGCCCCGACCAGCAGCCCCCACCGCUGCCACACCCCCAAGGGCGGGGGCUCCACGCCCGUCUCCUCGCCGUCCCGCGGCCCCCGCAAGGUGCCCUACUCGCCCGGGGGCCAGAGCAAGUUCGAGCGGCCCUGCUGCUCGCCCAAGUACGGCUCGCCCAAGCUCCAGCGCAAGCUGUCGGCGUCGGGGAAGGGGUCGGCGGAGCUGGCGCCCGCCUGCAGCCGGACGCCGCCCCCGGCUCUCGUCGCCCCCGCCGCCGCCGCCGCCGGCAGCGCCGCGGCGCCGAAGGGCAACAGCGAGUCGGCGUGGGCGCGCUCCACCACCACGCGCGACAGCCCCGUGCACACCACCAUCAACGACGGCCUCUCCAGCCUCUUCAACAUCAUCGACCACACGCCCGUGGCCUACGACCCGCUGCAGAAGUUCAACAAGUCGCCCAGCCGCGCCGCCAGGGCCACGCCGCCGCCCACGGCCGAGCCCAGCCCCGCCCACGCAGCCCCGGACCCCUGGGUGGCGGCGGCGGUGGCGGCGCAGGAGUACCCCCGGGCGUGUCGCGGGCGUUCGCCCAGCCCCGUGGAGAUGCACGGCGGGGAGAGGACCCCCGAGGUGGGGCCCAGCGUGCGGCAGGACCUGUCGGCGCCGCCGGGCUACUCGCUGGCGGAGAACGCGGCGCGCAUCCUCAACAAGAAGCUCCUGGAGCAGGGCUGCAGGGAGGAGAGGAGGCCGUCGGCCGGGGGCCCCGGGGGGCCCGGACACAACGGCAGGGACGGCUCCAGGCACACCGACGCGGACAGAGGCGCGGCCGGAUGUAUCGAGGACCUUCCACGCUCCCCGGUGGCCCCGCCCCUCGACUCCUGCUUCCUGAGGCCGGCGCGCCCCGCCCACCGCCGGCCCCCCUCCCGCUGGGCCACACACUCCCCCACCUCCUCCCCCAGGUGGAGCAACGGGGCGCAAAAGAGGUUCACCUUCCCCCCACCACUGGAACACAGCAAGAGCAUACCGGAGCAGGAGGAGGCGGGGCUACAGGAGCACUCUCCCACAUAA